CGUGCUCGGCAGCCUCUUUCGUUGUAAGUGUCCACCAUGGCUGUCGGUAAAAAUAAAGGGCUGUCGAAAGGAAGUAAAAAGAGCCUCAGGAAAAAGGCUGUUGAUCCUUUCACGCGCAAAGACUGGUACGAUGUUAAAGCACCCUCGGUCUUCACUGUCCGGCAGGUCGGCAAAACUCUGGUCAACAGGACCCAGGGAACAAAAAUCGCUUCGGAAGGUUUGAAGCAUCGAGUAUUUGAAGUUUCCUUGGCUGAUCUCCAGGGUGAUCAAGGUGCUGAAAGAUCUUUCUGUAAAUUCAAGCUCAUCGCCGAGGAUGUUCAAGGACGUAAUGUCCUUACCAACUUCCAUGGUAUGGACCUCACAACAGACAAAUUGAGAUCCAUGGUUAAAAAAUGGCAGACCUUAAUCGAAGCUGUAGUUGAUGUCAAAACCACUGAUGGUUACAGUUUAAGAGUAUUCUGCAUUGGUUUUACCCAAAAACAACCAUUAAGCCAGCGAAAGACCUGCUACGCUCAACACUCUCAGGUGCGAAAUAUUCGCAGGAAAAUGGUUGAAAUAAUCACCGAAAACGUUACCAAGAGUGAUUUGAAAGGCGUCGUCAGCAAAUUGUUGCCCGAUGCUAUUGCCAAGGACAUUGAAAAGGCAUGCCAGGGCAUUUACCCACUCCACGACGUAUGCAUUCGUAAGGUUAAGGUAUUAAAGAAGCCCCGCUUCGAGCUGAGCAAGCUUCUCGAACUGCACGGCGAUGGUGGCAGUGGCAAGAGUGCCGAAGGUGGUGAAAGUGGGUCCAAAGUCGAUAGACCUGAGGGAUACGAACCCCCAGUGCAAGAGCUCGUCUAAUCGGACAAUUGUUGAUUCCAUUUUAUCAUUUAAUAAAAAAAUUUGAUCUUUGAAAAAAAA